GAGUUAGUGAAACUGAAGUUGGAGAAGCAGUGGUGUUUUGACAGCCAAGGUCACAGAAUUGUGCCCACUGUGGAAGAGACAGCAGUCAAUGUUUGCCAGGAGCUGGUUUUAUAUCCCAAUUGUUUAGAAGACACAGUCAAAGCCCUGAGGAUGCAGAGAAUUGACUUACAGUGCCACCUGAAGGAUCUGGAAUUCAGAUGUGCACAGCUGAAGGAAGAGAUGAGAAUGUUUUAG